GUCAUGCCUGGAUUGUAUAUCCAUCAAUUGGAACAUGGAAUCAUUUAUAAAUGCUUUAAGGUCUAUGUUUGGAUGUUCUCUGGAUAUUACUCCAGAAAGUUUCAUCUCUUUUUGUGAGGCUGCACUAUUUUUUGGAGUGGAUUAUCUCCUUUCGGAGUGUCAAUGUUGGUUAAAGAGUGUGACUUCAUACAAGGGGAUUUUGCUACCUCAAAUACAAUUAGCUGAUUUGAUCAGCAUCUGGAAAUAUGGUUUGGAGAAUGCAAUUGAUUUUGUGCCACAACUAUGUAUAUUCUAUCUGGCCUGCAACUUUAUGUGGGCAAUUUCCUUUGAUGCUUUCCAUGAUGUUCCUUAUGAAAUGUUAUAUUCAUGUAUAAAGAAUCCUAAUUUGACAGUAGACAGUGAAAAGCAUCUUUGUGAUGCUAUUCUAGCUUGGCUUACUUCCAACACCAAAGAGUAUGGGGCUUCAAGUGCUUCAAUAAAUGAUUACACUGACAUUUUGGCAGAGAUCCGUUUUGGCCUUUUGCCUUUAUCAUUUGCUGCAGUGAAAAGAAGAUGCAACUUCUUUUCGGAGUUUGCUGAUAGAGGUAUCAGUACCAUUCUUACUUUAGCAAGUUAUCCUUCUGCAAGCUCAACAAACAUCCUUGAUGAUGAAGACUUUAGUCAUCUUAGAAUCCGGUUGACUAAAUAUACUAAGAAAGUGGACCUUUCAGGUUGCCCUCAGUUCAGUCCUGCUCUUCUCCUCUUAUCAGUGCUUCACUCUUCACAUAGCAUGGAUCCCAUUUUGAAAAAUAAAAUUAAGCAGCAAUUACUUACUUUUGAGGAUCCUAUUGGGCCCAACUUUGAGAUUUCCUGGCAAAUAUUUCCAAUUUUGACUUUUGAAGGAGUGCAAGAAGUGGAUAUCUCAAAUUGUCAAAUGCCACUUCUUAAACCUGUUGUUGAAUGCUUUUCCAGGUCUUUCCCAUCAUUAAAGACAUUAAAGGCAGCUAAUUAUUUAAAGCUACCCACUGCAAUGUUGUACCAAUUGGUGCAAAGGUGCCGUCUACUCAAUGAUGUAGACCUGAGUGUGGACAUUAGCCCAAUUAUACCAGCCAAAGUUUCUAUAAAAUUUUCACACCCAGAUGUAGCACCACAAAGAUCAAGACGCAUCACUCCUAUGGAUGCUGUUUCAUUCUCAUACAAUCUUGGACUGCAGCUGUCAAACAUAACAAACCUCACAUUAGAGGGUCGAACUGAUAUCUCAGACCGUCAUCUCUUCUUUUUCACGGAAUUCUGUCCAUCCUUAUGUUAUGUUAACCUUCGAGGGUGUAUAUCUUUGACUGAUGAUGGAAUAUCAGUUGUACUGCUUAAAUGUAUAAAGCUGCACUCAAUCUUGGUUUGUGAUACUUACUUUGGACGGAAUUCCGUUCUGGCUCUUUGCUAUGGUGCAUCAAAAUUCGAGAAUUCUGCAGCACCUAAAUUUGAAGACUUCUCUCAGUCUCUGGCCUCUAGACUUCAAGUCCUGCAUAUGGGUGGCUGCAAGAGUGUUACUGAGACAUUUCUUUCGGAGCUUAUAUCUCAAACACCUAUGUUGAAAAGUCUUUGCUUAAGGGAGACUGAACUUGUGGAUCAUGCACUAGACAAAUUUUCAGGAUCUUGCUUGGAGAUGCUUGAUGUCUCGAAUACUAAGGUUUCUGGCUCUGCUGUGGCUCAAGUGAUCCGGAGAAAUCUCGGCCUAAAGUGUUUCAUUGCCAGAGAUUGUAGAAAUUUUUUACAAGAGGAAAGCAAAAGUGUGACAGAGAAGUCCAAUGCUUUCUCAUAUCAUUACAGUGAGUUAUACUAUGAACUUGGCAAAUCCUGCCAAUUGGAGGAAAUUGCAGUUGGAUGGGGAUUUUCAUUCUUUUCUUUAGAGGUUCUGAGGCCAGCAAUUAGAAUGUUAAGGACAAUAAUUAUAGGGUUGGGUGGAUCUUUUGGCGAAGAUGGGCUGAAGAUGUUGCCAACUCUCUGUCCCUGGUUGGAGACUUUGAUUCUUUAUUUCCAGCAGGUAAUAUCUGACUCCAUCAUGCUAAAAAUUUUAAAGGCUUUAAAAAACUUGCAAGUUUUGGCCCUUUGCUAUUGUAUUGGUGAGAUUUCAUCAUCAAUCUUUAAGUUCAGCAUGCCAAAUUUGAGAAAAUUGAAACUUGAAAGAGUGACUGCAUGGAUGACCAAUGAUGACCUGCUUAUUCUCACUCAGAAUUGUGUGAACUUGAUCGAACUUUCAUUGGCAGGAUGCUCACUUCUUAAUUCAGAGUCCCAACAUAUUAUUUCACUUGGUUGGCCUGGAUUGAUAUCAGUCCAUCUAGAGGACUGUGGUGAAGUGACAAGUUGUGGUGUGACAUCACUUUUAGAAUGUCAUGCCCUUGAAGAUAUUAUCUUACGACAUAAUGGUACCGGAAUGCAGAGGGAUAUUAUUUCUCACAUUGCUUCAAAGAUGCCAAUGCUUCGAAAGAUAUCCCUUGAUGUAUGUGAUGCAAUGGAUCGUGACUUUGACAUCCCAAAUUUCACCAACAGGUAUCCAUUAAGUAUUGUAAAGAUAGCAAGAUGCAAGCAGAAAAAAUGCAGUCUAGAGCUGAUGGACACGAAGUACGAAGGUCGGACAAACCCAGUUCACGUAGAGACAUUAGUGAUGGUGUGGAACAGCAAGGAACUCACAACAGCUGUUGUCAAGGAAAGAUUGUAAACACAGCUGAGGAUGUUGUACGUCAUUUUAGUUUUACCUACAUACAUAAUCGUACUAUAUUUAUUACAAAUGCAUCUAAAUACUCUUCAACAAUUACACAAGUAAUCUUAAGUGUAUCUGAAUAUUGUUCCGAAAUUACACUUGUAAUCUUCUAUUUCAAGAUUAUUGCAUAUUUAAUUAAAAA